AUGGAGCGUGGGUUGCGUCAGGGAGACCCACUAUCCCCGAUUUUGUUCAUCAUUGUAGCUGAAGGACUUCACGCUGCAAUGGAAACGGCGAAAGAAAAGGGCAUAUUUAAAGGUAUCCAGCUCCCCCACCGCGACCCAGUAAUUUCUCACCUCCAAUAUGCCGAUGAUGUGAUAUUUAUGGGUACAUGGUCGCUGGAAAACGCAAAAAAUCUGAUAAGAAUUCUAAGAUGUUUUGAGUUGUCUUCAGGUCUUCCUGUAGGUGCUUCGAUGGCAAGAGUAACCCACUGGAAACCUAUCAUUGAAAGAUUUCAGGCGAAGUUAUCUAGAUGGAAAGCUUCCACCUUGUCGUUUGGGGGAAGGCUGACCCUAUGUAAAGCAGUUCUAAGCAGCCUAGGCACUUUCUACUUCUCUAUUUACAAGGCACCUGUUAAGAUUGCUUGGGAAAAAAUCCUUGCAGCUAAAGAAAGAGGCGGGCUAGGUGUUGGUAGCUUGAAGGCUCAAAAUUUCACUUUAUUGGGGAAAUGGUGGUGGCGUUUCAGGAACCAACCUGACAGCACAUGGGCUUUGGUGAUUAAAGCCAUUCAUGGACCUGAUGGUGGCAUGUCUCGCCCUCUGGCUACUAAAAGGAGAAGUGGGUGCUGGGGUUCAAUUGCCUGCCUCCCAUUAUCACUAGAAAAAGAUCAUGUUCCUUUCUUGAAUUACUUCCAGCAAGUAGUUGAUGUAGAUGGUUCAAGAAAAUGGAGACGGUCUCUCGAAUCUUCGGGGGUAUAUACUGUUUCUUUACUGCAAUCUCACAUUGACAAUCUAGUCCUUCCCCAUAUUGAUGACAGAUGGAUGUGGAACCCACUGGUGCCAAGUAAGUGUUCGAGGACGUCAACCAGUAUUUCAUCUAAAAAGGUGUUUUGGUUCCAGGUGUAUAUCACCGAAAAAAGAAUAAAGGAUAGACAUGAUAAUUACGUAUAUUAG